GUUAAACCAGAGCGGAAGUCACCAUUCUGACACUUUCGGUUUUUGAACCAACUGGACAGUGUCCGUGACCGUGUCCACUGACGGGUCCUCGGUAAAAGGGAACAGAAAUGGUGCUCUUGGCAGCAGCGGUGUGUACUAAGGCGGGGAAAGCCAUAGUGUCACGCCAGUUUGUAGAGAUGACGCGAACCCGUGUCGAAGGCCUGCUAGCUGCCUUUCCCAAACUGAUGAACACAGGCAAGCAGCACACUUUUGUGGAAACAGACAGUGUGCGCUACGUCUACCAGCCUCUGGAGAAACUCUAUAUGGUUCUGAUCACUACAAAAAACAGCAACAUUUUGGAGGAUUUGGAGACGCUAAGACUUUUCUCCAGAGUGAUCCCUGAAUAUUGCAGAGUGUUGGAGGAAAGUGAGAUCUCGGAGCACUGUUUUGAUCUCAUAUUUGCAUUUGAUGAGAUUGUAGCUCUCGGCUACCGGGAAAACGUCAAUCUAGCCCAGAUUCGCACUUUUACCGAAAUGGACUCGCAUGAAGAAAAAGUCUUCAGAGCUGUCAGAGAGACCCAAGAAAGAGAGGCAAAGGCUGAAAUGAAGCGCAAAGCCAAAGAGCUGCAGCGAGCAAGACAAGACGCUGAACGUGCUGGAAAGAAAUCACCAGGAUUUGGAGGUUUUGGAAGUUCUGGAAUGAGCAGCAUCACGUCAGCCACCAUCAUCACAGAUACAAUAGAACCGGAGAAACCCAAAGUGGCUCCUGCUUCAGUCAGGCCGAGUGGAUCCAGUAAAGCACUGAAGCUGGGUGCCAAAGGGAAAGAGGUGGAUUUCUUUGUGGACAAGCUGAAGUCAGAAGGAGAAAAUAUUGUCACGACCAGUGCAGGAAGAAAAGCGUCAGAGGCAUCUAAAGUUCUUCAGCCUCCAGUGAAUAUGGAAAGUGUACAUCUGAGGGUGGAGGAGAAGAUCUCUCUAACCUGUGGUCGUGAUGGUGGACUACAAAACAUGGAGGUUCUGGGCAUGAUAACUCUGAAAGUGGCAGAUGAAAAAAAUGGCCGCAUCAUCAUAGUCGUCAACAACAAUGACAAAAAAGGAGCCCAAUUACAGACUCACCCUCAUGUUGAUAAAAAGCUUUUCACCAACGAAUCUCUGAUUGGUCUGAAGAACCAAGAGAAAUCCUUUCCUCUCAACAGUGAUUUGGGGGUCCUAAAAUGGAGAUUACAGAGCACAGAUGAAUCUCUCAUUCCUUUAACCAUCAACUGUUGGCCAUCAGAGAGUGGAAGUGGAAGCGGCUGUGAUGUCAACAUUGAGUAUGAGCUUCAGGACGAAGGGCUUGAACUUAAUGAUGUUGUCAUUACUAUUCCUGUGCCGUCAGGUGUAGGAGCUCCAGUGGUUGGUGAUCUGGAUGGACAGUAUAACCAUGACAGCAGGAAAAACAUCCUGGAAUGGUCACUUCCUGUAAUCGACGAGAAGAACAAGAGUGGCAGCCUGGAGUUCAGCAUAGAUGGCAAACCCAAUGACUUCUUCCCAAUCAACGUCUCUUUUGUCUCCAAACGCAACUUUUGUGACAUUCAGGUUGCAAAGGUAACAUAUGUAGAAGGAGGCAGCCCAGUCAAAUUCUCCUCAGAGACGUCAUUUGUUGUGGAUAAGUAUGAGAUCCUGUAACUGUUUCUUGGUGGAAGAUCCUUUUAACCAGCGCAGUGGAUCAGAGAGCGAGCUAUAUGUUAACGGGAACACUCUCUGACAUGGGCUGCAGUUCUUCUGUGUUUCUGUUUGUCUUGAAGGAAAAAAUAAUCUACCUUUAUAUAAACUGGACCUUUUAGCUGCACAGUACUACAGUACAGUCAGCUACACCUGACAGGAAAGUCAAAUACAGCACUGCACCCGAAGAUAUCAUGGGAAACUCAGUGUCAUCCUACAGCAGAUGUAUUAUAAGCCCAUAACAACCUUCCUGACCCAGAGUAGAAUAAAUUGGGACAUGUACACACGUGUUGCAUGGGUUUUGUAUAGAAUCGCAACCUUAUUGGCUUUUUUUUGGUUCCUAUACUACAUGAUCUGCAUUUAUCUUGACAGUUUGGUUUUAUUUCUAAUAAUGAGUUAAAAGAAUAAAUGGUGGUGUUGUGUAAUAUGGAAGCAGACCUAAUAUUGUAGUACCAAAUGAAUGUGUGGGUGGUUAAAUCAGCUGUGCUUGUGCAAUAAGAACUGACGCUGCAUUAAAUAUGCAGUCCAAAUUCAUCCCUCAUCUGCUGUUGGUGAAUAUGAGCAUAAUUGUCUACAUCAACAAAAAGCACAAACGCUAUUUGCCUUUUAGCAUCUUCCCCCCAUUUUGUUUGUAUUCAGUUAUAUUUAUGUAAUCAUUUGUUUAGAUUAACAGAAUCUAAACGGGAUGAUUUUUCAUUCUGUUGUUUUGUAAGUAAUGUUACACGUAAUCUCUUUAAAUGUUUCCUGCUUUUUAUUCAUUGCAGCAUUUAUUUGGCUAAACAGGAAAAUAUAUUAUCUCCGGCUUCCCAGAUGUUAUUAAGAAUGGAUUUAUUAUUAUUUUUUUUGUAUUUCCAUAACAUAAAAUAUGUUUAUCAGCGCACACUCAAAGAUGAUUGCGAAAUGCCAAGGAGAGGCUUACGACAUUCCAUUCUGCUGUAAGAUACUUAUGAAUACCUUUAAUCAAUAAUAAAAUCACAUUUAAAUUCA